AUAGAUUUUGUGGAAUUUUGUUUUUACUAGUGCUACAAACUUUGCAAAACUAGUGUUGGUUAAUAUUGCCUGUUCCCAGCAUUAGUGAACCAGAAUACAUUGCUAUGCUUUAUCCACCUCCUUGGUCAGAGUGUAUCCUGACAGUGCACUGAGUAUGUCUUGCCAUUUGUCAGAAGCAGCCAUUAGCACCCAUGCCACACUAACUAGGUCUCGACUCUGGUACCUGCUCAUUGCUGAUGAGGAUAGUAAGGUUCUAAGUAGCAGUGUGAUGUCUCUGAACUAUUGUGCCUGUAAUUAGAAGGUUUAGAACCAAGUCACCUUUUUGUAAAUGUUUUCACAAAAUUGCUUUCAAAACUAUUUUCAGGUUUCUGGGAAACUUUAAUGGUUUACAGGAUAGAACACGCUGAAAGAUAGUUACAGCUAUUCUAAUCCAUUUGUGCUCCUUUAAAGUACACAUGAAAGAGGUGAGAAAUUUGGGGCACCCAUUAAAUUGUAAGGGCAGUCGGUGCUAGGAAUGGAGUGGUAGUGAUCCUGAGGCAUGCCAAGGUCAUGCCGGAUACUUACACAAAACCUGUAUCUGAUUAAGAUUCGGUCUCUAUGUGGGUACUGGGCUGGUUUAAGCUGUCUUUGAAAAUAAAGGGAACUCAGCUAUUCAUAUAAUUUUGGUUUUCACAGGUAUAUCUGGCUUCAGAUGUGGUUGAUGCCAGGAAUUCAAAUGAUCUCAUCUGGACUCUUUUAGCUCUGUUGGUUGCUUUAUGACUUUCAAACAGGCAUAUUAGUCAAUAAGAUUGCCACUACCUACUUAAGAUUGUCUUCCUUCCAAUUUAGCAACAUAAACUGAAAGAUAGCUUGCUGGACCAUAGUUCCUGCUGUCCUGUGUCCCCAGUAUGUGACUCUUCAAACACUCAGUGUUACCUCGGAAGGACAUACACUAGUAGGACAGCUUGGAUCAUGUUCAUUCAGUGCUUUACUAGGGCAUUCCUUCCUAGUGACUAUGAACCAUGCUGACUCAUAGCAUGGAAGGGACUUUCUUCCCUAGAAAACCUGAACUACAGGAAACUAGACGGGUGUGGAGAUAGUAGAAAUGUAUGGUAGGACCAAGUGAUUCUCUCUGUGAAAUGUGUUACACACACACACACACACACACACACACACACACACACACACACACACAGUGUUACACCCAAUGGAUUCUGAAUAAGAAUAAGAGAUAUUUAACAUCACUUACCAGUUGGAAAUAUCCAAAAGAGAUAACAGGCUUUACAAAUGAUUUACCUGUUUUCAUGACAGGGAUUUGGAGUAGAAAACUCUGGGUUCUUAUCUCUCUCUUUUUUAAAUUAUCCUUAAUCUUCCUUUUUUCUUAACAGUCUAGUCAUUAUCCCACUCCCAGUCUGCCCUCCGACAGUUCCUCAUCCCAUUCCUCCUCAGUCUCCAAGACAUCCAAGAGGAUGUCCACCCCACCCCCACCCUGCCAGGCCUCCAGGUCUCUUUAGGGUUAGGUGCAUCUUCUCUCACUGAGACCAGACCAGGCAGUCCUCUGCUCCGUCUGAGGCCAUCUACUGAAUGCUGCCUGGGUGGUGGCUCACCAGUGGUCUGAAAGAUCUUGGGGCCCAGGUUGAGACUGCUGGUCUUCCUGUGGGGUUGCCCUCCUCCUCAGUUUCUUUCAGCCUUUCCCUAAUUUAACCACAGGGGUCCCCGGCUUCUGUCCAUUGGUUGGGUGUAAGUAUCUGUACCUAUCUAGGUCAGCUGCUUGUUUGGCCUCUCAGAGGACAUCCAUGCUAGGCUGCUGUCUAAGCACACAAUAGCAUCAGUUAUAGUGUCAGACCUUGGAGCCCCCCCUUGAGAUGGAUCCUAGUUUGGGCCUGUCACUGGACCUCCUUUCCCUCAGUCUUUUCUUCAUUUUUGUCCCUGAAAUUCUUUUAAAAUGGAUCUAUACUGGGUCAUAGUUUUUGACUGUGGAGUGGCAGCACAUCCCUCCACUUGAUGACCUGUCUUUCUACUAGAGAUGGUCUCUACAUGUUCCCUCUCCCCACUAUUCAGCAUUUCAUCGAAGGUCCCUCCCUUUGAGUCCUAAGAGUCUCACCUCCCUGGUCAAUGGUAUAUUCUUGAGGGUCCCCCACCUCCUACUUCCUGAGGUUGCCUGUUUCCAUUCCUUCUGCGUGAAGCCCUGAGAGUUCUCAUCUCUUUUUUUUUUUUUUUUUUUUUUUUUUUUUGGAGCUGGGGACCAAACCCAGGGCCUUGCGCUUGCUAGGCAAGCGCUCUACCAUGAGCUAAAUCCCCAUCCCGGUUCUCAUCUCUUAAAUGAGGUCUACAAGUUCCUGUGUUCCACCCACAGCACCAUAGCAAAUAAAAUGAAACUAAAAAUGUUUUGACCCGUAAAAUGUGUAAAAAGCUGGAUAAUUAUUUUAACAACAUGUCUUUAUAAAAUAUUAGCUUUUUUCUUAAAUUUUACUGGUGAUAAGACUCCCAAAAGUGUCUUUCUUCUAAAGAUUAAAGAAGGUUGAAAAUAAUAGUUUUUUUUUCUCAAAUUUCAGUUACUUAAUACUAUUAGGAUCCAAUUAAUGCUGUUUUUGACUUUGUAACUAAUAAACUACAUUAAUGUGAUUCUUUCAGAUUUAAAAUUCUAUGUUUUAGGACUUUUUGGUAUACCUGGUCUGUUAAUGCUGCAGGAGUCUGGAAAUCUUGAAGUGUGCUGUAGCUGCUUCCCCCUUAGGAAUCGUGUCUCAGCUUCAUGAAAUAGAGUGCAGAUGUCUUUCACUGGUGGGAAAGAGUUAAUUUCUUACUCUACUAUGGUGAGACACAAACAAUACAGAAAAGUGAUGACAGACUGCCAGGAUGUUUGCUUGUCAAAAUUUUUUUUUAAUUGUGCUGAGCUGGAUUUGUUGAGAACCCAGACCAACCUCUAAUGUGGGUUCCCAGGUUCUGACAUUUUAUAGGUUAUAUUGUAGUUUUCUUUUGAAUUUGUGAUAUCAAUGAUUUAAAUUAGAAUUUAGAACUACAAAAAAAAAACCUUACUCAUUUUAUAAAUGAAGGAGCUGAAGCCUAAGACAUCUCAAUUAUCUGUUCUUACAGCCAGUGGUGAGGGCCAAAAAGAAGCAGGGCCUCCUGGCGGUCAGUUCAGUGAUGGAUACAAGGAUCACUUCAGGUUUAUUUUAUCCAGAAUCAUUUUAUAUGCAGGGGCCACAGUUGACUGUGUCAGGGCCAGUUGUCAAAUCAAGCUUGUGUUUAAUCUCUUGAAGCUGAAGUGCUUUUGGGAUUAGAACCAAAUAACACACAGAGCAUAGAUGUCGAGAAGCAUGAAGAAACAUCCUUGGUCAGACUCCAGUUCUGCCCUCUAAGAGGAACUCCGUUAUUUGCUGUUCUCUGUGAUUCAGUUCUGCCUUCUGGAAAGUUCUUCCUGCCUAGUGUUUCCUAAGACCAUGCUUAUAUGGACAUUAGGGGCUGUGUGCUUUAUUGGGCCCAGCUCUGCUUUCAAAGGAUUUUGGCAACACUUUUUCACUGUGUCACCAUGAAUUACCUUUCGCAGGUAGUGUUAGAAAACAUGCUGUGUGACAUAUGUGGCACAGCCACCUUUCUGUCAUCUUCACCCUACACAUCUCUGGCUAUUUGAGCAGUUGCCAUCCAUUUAUCCACAUCAGCAGCUCUUGAAAGAUACUGUGUUGGGUUUUUUUGGGGGGGAGAGGGGUUGAUGUCAUUAGUUGCUGUAAUAAAUAGCCUCCAAAAUGUGCAAGAGCCUAAACCCAAUUCAGGGUUACUACAUCAUUCACUGCUAGUAAAAGUGUAUUGGAGCCAUUCCUGGGUAAUGGUGACCUUCAACAGUGGGCCUUUGGGCUUUCCAGCACCCAAGAAAAAUCAUGAAAGGCCUCCUUUGUGCCCAGAAAGCCUCCACUUUGAGAUUGAUAUCCAGACACUUCACUGAAAUAUUUUUUGGGAGAACCAUUCACCCGGCUGCAUCUGGUACUGAAGAGAGUGCUUGUAAUUUAGUGUCUGGUUGGAUAGCUAAUUUCUAGUGACAGCUAAAACACUAUGGCAGGGAAGAAGGCAUGAGCAGGUUAAUACAGUUUUUAUUCUACUUUAGUAGGAUACCAUAUCGUACUCUUCAUCUUCAUAUUAAUACUGUCCCUUUGUAUUAUCUAUUCAUCUAUGCUUCCUAGAUUAACAUUUCAGUAUUUAAAACUCAAACAAAAUGUUAUUGCUAUUUCUAUGGUAGAAAUAGACCCAAAAGGCCUUAUUUACCCAUAAUCCUGAUGAAAUUAAAAUAAGUUGUGAGCAUAAAUAAAGAAAAAUAUGUCUGAUAUUACCAUUUUUAUUUAGUCUUAUACCAAAGGAUCUGUCCAGAAAGUCAAGUCAUGGUGAGGGGAAGAGACUAAAAGAAAAGAUGUACAAAUGUAUUAGUCAGGGUUUUCUAGCACAGAACUUGUGGAAUAUAUAAAUUUACACACACAUAUAUGGAAUGUAUUGGAAUGACUUACAGGCUGCAGUACAACUAACUGAACAGUGGCCAGCUCUGAAUGGAAGUUUAAGAAUCUAGGAGAUGCUCAGUCCCAUGAGGUUGGGUGUUUAAACUGGUCUUCUGUAUAUUCUGGAAUCCUGAAGGGGUAGGCAUCAGCAGAUGUACUGGCAGGUACAUUGUCCUUAUAUAGGCCUCCAGCAGUAUGGCCCAUACUGUAUGCGUGCCUCAAGAUCUGGAUUAAAGGCCUGUGUUUUCCAAUUUCAAAAUCUGGAUCACAGACGUGAUUGUAGUUCUGUGGAUUGUAAUUCAUUCUGGCUAUAGUCAGGUUGACAGCCAAGAAUAGCCAUCACAAGAAAUGAGAAGAAAAUAAAAUGCCAUUAUGAGAUGGGAUAUAAAUUGUCUAAGAUAAAAUAAAACAAUAAAAAUCUUUUCAGAAUUCCACAAGUACAUUAUUAACAUGAACUGGCAAGUUUGUCAGGGUUUUUGAUAAGAAGCUAGCCAGUAGAAGGGCACCAGCUGCAUUUCUGCAGACCAGUGGCAAGAGGUAGAUGGAGCAUGGAAUGGUGGUUCUCUGUACCCACAAAGCCAUGCCCUUUACCAAAACUACAGCAUGAGUGGACUGCAGCUGUUCCUGAGACUGCCUCUGAUUGCUUCCGUUUUUCUACAGCGUCCUUCUAGUCCAGACCCAUUUCAGAGGCUCACAUUGUGGCCAGUGUUCAUCUCUUCAGUCUGUUCUGUUGUGUGCAGUUUCUUUCUUUCUUUCUUUCUUUCUUUCUUUCUUUCUUUCUUUCUUUCUUUCUUUCUUUUUUCUUGUCUUUGGAGACUUGAGAUUUUUCAAGAGUAGUGGUCAUGUGUUCUGUAGAGUGGGCCUCAGCUGGAAUUUGUCUGAUGUUGUCUCAGGAUUAUAUCAUAUCAGAUCAGAGGUAUAGUAUAACAACGUGACUUAUUACUGAUGGAGUUAAAUUUGGUUAAGGUGGCCUCUACCAGGUUUCUGGCAGUGAAAGGAGGAUAGUGGAUUCUAUUGGUGGGGAGUAUGUUUCAUCUUCCAGUAGAUGUCAGUCUGAAGCAGCAGAUAGUACUGAACUCUAGGGAUAACCAUGUUUUUACUUUAUGUGCCAAUGAAAAAGUUUAAUUAUAAGUUAGGUAUAGUAAAACAAAUUGUUAAUGAUACAAUUAAUAACAAAAGUGAUGUGAAUAUGGCUCCUCCUUGUCUCAGAAUAUCAUUCUUAGUUUUGCUUUUGCAAGUCUUGGUUCUUUGUUCUGCACACAGUGCCUGGUCUUGCUCUGCACCACAACACUACCACAUGGUUCCAGGGCUGAUCUGUUCCUCCAUGUCCUGUGCUCUGUGCCCAUGCAGUCUUUACAAGUGCCUCUUAUGUGCAUCUUUUUUCGUGAGGAGCCUGCAUUUGUCCCAGCUAAGCACUUGCUUUGCCUCCUGUCCUAUUCCCUCAGAAUCAACCGCUUAACUGCCUCAAAUGCGCAUCUCAGUGCUUGACUCUUCAUGAGGCUCAGUCCUUCUGGAGCAUUGCCCCAGGAACACCUCUUGUUUGUCUUCUUCCACACAGCUGCUGUCUUUUAGCUGAGCACUCAUGCACUGUAGCUCACCUUUUGCAGUUUGCAGUUCUUAGGUGCAGCAGCAAAGCUGGCAGGCAGGAUUUUCUUUUGAAAAUCUGUCCUUGCUUUAUAUAUCUGCAUUUUUAACAUACAGUUGUUGUUGUCCCCUUCAUUGUUGUUUUUAAGUGAGGAAGCUCCACUUUUUUACUCAAAAGGAGCAUUCUAUAGCUUCUGCAUAUUCAAAUCCCAGCAUUACUAUAUUCCUAAGUUUUGGGGGUCAGGAUUGUAUAAAACAGGGUUACUUGCAUCUGUGAUCCUAAACAGUGGGCCUGUUGAAAAGGGUGUGUCUGGCCAGUAGGCAGGCAGGAUUUGCAGUGUGCGUAUGCUGUGCAGAGAAAAAUCCAUCCCGAUGUAUAGUACCAGAGUAUACAAUUGAAAACUUAAGGUGUUCUUAUUUUUGGAAAAUGCCACUUAAUAUUUUCAUUUCGUGGUUGACUUUGGAUAACUAAAACCAUAGAAGGCAAAACCACAGUUUGGGGGCAAGGAAAGUGUCUAAAAGGUAUAAUUUUAAAAGAUACAAUUUACAUAGCAACACAAUAUAAUUGACUUAAAUAAAACAUAGAACUUUUCUUUGAAAAGGUACAAACUUUCCUUGAAUGUAAAGGAGACCCUCAAGUAAGUGGAUUAAAGGGGGGGGGGGUGAGAUGUGACUCAGUGGACAGAGUUCAUGCUCAGCACGCACAAAGCCUUGGGUUCAGUCUUCAUACUACAUAAACCAGGCUAGCUGGCCCAGCCCUGUGACCCCAGCAGCUGGGAGGUGCAGGUAGGAGGAUAGGGGGUUAAAGGUCAUUCUCAGUUACAGAGCAAAUUCAAGGUCCGCCUGCCUUGUGAGAGACCUUCUCAAGAGUAAAAGGAUUCCUUACUAACAGCUCAGUUGCCCUGUGGAAGGAACAGAAGUCACUCAGUUUGCCAAGGUAUUUGCCAGUCUGGGGAAGCUUCAAAAAGGCUUAGCUAAGAUACAUCAAAUGACAGCUCAUCUUACUACUUCCUAUAUAAGAGGCAUCCUAUAUAUAAUCCAAUAUUAAGCAUAGAAGAGGUGGUAAGGAAUAUUAUUGAUUUUUAACAUACAUUUCCUAAUAGUUUUUAGAGGAUUUUUAAUUGUGUAUGCCUCACAUCCUUGCACCUAUAAACGUAGAUCAUCAAUUUACAGAAAAUAUCUCCUAUUUAAUCUAAUUAGCAAGGCUAGUCUUCAAUUUGUAAAUUUACUGUACAAACCAAACAUCCUUCAGUAAAAGUUCACUUGAUUUUAUAACUCAAAUGUGUUAAUGUAUGCUACCAUGACAACCAUCACAUGCCUGAAUUCUAAUUCUAAUAGAAAUAAAUAGAGCACUGAGCUACACCAUGUGUUGCCUAGAUACCAUAAGAUACUGUUCCUGCAGUCUUUCUUCCUCUGUAUUUAGGAAGCUGUUUCAUGUAGAUGCUGUUUAACAGAAAGCUGCUCUUCAGGUCAUAUACAUCAUAAUGCGGAAUUCCUCAUCAGUACCACCAAAAGAUCAAGGUGAAUCAAACAUCCCUUCUGGAACAACACAGAGUGGGAAAACCUCUCAGAGUAAGAGUCAGUUUAGGACCAUUGCACCAAAAAUUGUGCCUAAAGUCCUACCAUCCAGAGUGCUACCCUGCCCUUCCUCGCUUUCUGACCAAGGGAGUCUGGCUCUAAUGUCCAAACCUCUGGGCAUGCACACCCAGAACUAUGCUCUGAUGCAGGUGGCCGGCCAGGAGGGGACGUUUUCUCUUGUUGCUUUGCCAAAUGUUGCCUCAGCCCAGCCGGUUCAGAAGCCCAGAAUGUCCAUACAUGAAAACCUUAAACUGCCUAUUCCUCGAUACCAACCACUGAGUAGCAAAGGAUUAAGAAAGAAACAUGACCUGAGCUCUCCCAAGGGUGGCUCCAGGGACCCUCCUGGCCCAGCCCAGCUAUGCCAUUUGAGCCCUUCCCCACAAGCCCAUCCUGAGCUGCUUCACAAACCCAGCCCAUGGAAGCGAAUGCCCACUUUAAACCCUUCCCCCACCAACAUCAACACAGCUACAGUGACCAGUGCUAUUGGCCAAGGAGAUUUGAGUCCUCUAGAGACCGACAGCUGUGGAGAUCUGGAGCCUCCUGCCAUCCCAGCAUAUAGUACAGAAAACUCUUCCCCACAGAGCCUCCCAGCAAGUAUGCAGAAGGCAGGUUGUGCCAGGAAGGAAACGCCCACUAAACCUGCUGUUGCUAGUGAAGAGCUCCAAGAACAGGUAGCUCCUGCACACUCUGUCGUCAGCAGUACAGUUCAGUCGGUCUCUGUAGUAACCAAGGAUAAACUGCCUAUCCUGCCCUCCUCAAGAGUGAAAACGACAGAGGUGGUCAAAGUGGAACCAGAUGCUGAGAAUGCAGAAUCGUCUUCAUCUGGAUGCAGAGCAAACUGUGAGGAGAGACUGUCCAUCACGGAAGGGUUUGAUGCAGCCACUGAGAUAGCCAACAAGACACCUGCUCUGCACGGGUCUAAGCAGAGUGCUUGUAAAAGUGCCUUCUGCCCUGUCACCAAAUUAGAUCUCAACCGCAAGGCAAAACCCAGCAGUGGGGUAAAGAGAAGAGGGAGAAAAUGGAAAGUGCCAGAUGACAUUUUAGCAUUGCAGGGCAAAAGAAGGAGAUGCAUUAUUGGUAUGUGUGGAGAUAGCAUAGAAAGGGCAAGAAACAAUCCCCCAGAACCCAGAGACCAGAAGCCCAGGGCUACUUCAAGAAAGUAUCGUAGCAUCAUGCCCAAGCCUGUCAUCGUCCUGUCUGCUUUGGCGCCCCUGGCAUCCCCUGCAGCUAUGCUGUCCCAGGCUCCCAGCGGUCUAGGCCAAGAUGUUCUGAAUAAUGCCCUGCCACCAAAAUGUCUUAGCUCCAAGCAGAGUGACAACCUUGCCCCUAAGCCCAGCUCUGCACUCAGAAAUGGAUUCUCUGGCAUUAAGAAGCCCUGGCACAUGUGUCCUGUCUGCAACUACCACUUCCAAUUCAAACACCACCUUCUAGACCACAUGAAUACACACACCAACAGACGGCCUUAUAGUUGUGGGAUCUGUCGCAAGACCUAUGUGCGUCCUGGCAGCCUGAGUGCACAUAUGAAACUUCACCAUGGUGACAAUCGCCCCAAGAAACUGGUGUGCUGUGAAUUUUGUGCAAAAGUAUUUGGUCAUGUCCGAGUCUAUUUUGGCCAUCUGAAGGAGGUACACAGGGUUGUGAUCAGCACAGAGCCCACCCCCAGUGAACUGCAGUCAGAAGACACACCAAAAAACAAGGACAGAGAUCCCAGCAUGCAAGGACCUGACAGCUCACUGGAGAGGGAAACCAAGUCAAGUUUGGAAGAAGAUUUCCUUCUAAACCAGGCAGAUGAAGUCAAAUUGCAAAUCAGAUGUGGCCGUUGUCAGAUCACUGCUCAGUCUUUUGCUGAAAUAAAGUUUCAUUUGCUUCAUGUUCAUGGGGAGGAAAUUCAAGGCCGGCUGCAAGAGGUGGGCCAACCAGGCAGCAGAACUGAUGCUCCCCACCAGAAGCAAUACACAGAGAGAACGAAGCAGGUGAAGCCCUGUGCCUCUGCGGAGGACUCCCCAGCAUUCCCUAGAGGAAAAAGACAGACAGUCCCUCAUCAGAACAGAGAGGAAGCCCUGGUAGGAACUGAAGGUGGCCAGUGGGGAAUGACUGGCCCGCAGCAUCCUGCCAGGCUUCUCUGGUCCCAUGCUGGCUUCAACUGCCUGCUGUGUGCUCAGAUGCUCGGGAGGAAGGAGGACCUGCUUCUUCACUGGGUACGCCAGCACAACUGUGAGGACCCCACCAGACUCUGGGCUCUCCUGGGUACGUUCUCUAACCAGGGAGCUCCUGAGCUCCCCAGUGAAGCAAGGCUGUGAGUGAGGCCGUCCAGCCGGAGAGAUGCUGCCCCCAUCUCACUGUCUGUGAUGUUAGUAUUUAAUUGUGGGUCCAGCACUUCAGGGCCAGUGCCGUGCACAGAGUUGGGUGUAGUUUUAUUUUCUUAAGAAAUAAAAUAUGUGCCCUGGAUGCAUUUUUCUUACCUAUGUAGUCUCACUUUAAAAUUCUAUGCAUUCUCUAAUAUCGUAGACUUUAUUUCAUAAUAAAUAAAAAGAUCAAAGUUAGGAAAUUGAAAUGUAGAGAAGAUUGUUGUUCUCAGUUGCAAGCUUUUGAGUAGGAGUGUGUGGUGGGGGCGGGGUAGAUAUAUGUUCACGUGUCCUCUUAUUUUGAUGCUGUUUAAUUAUAUUUAUUAGCAGUUAAUUCUACAGCUGUGGGAUGUAGUCCCAACUGUAGUAUAAAGUUACAAGAUCGUUGUUGAUAUUUGUUAGUCUCUGGUUUAUUUGCAUAUGCUCUAGAACAGUCUUUUUAAAAUGUACUCUCUACCAUAAAAUCUGUUUUCAGGAAA